AUGAGCGCCACUUUGACUCGUUCGACGUCUUUUACUCGGGAAGGGCCGACAGUGCGCGUCACACCAUCUCCGGCUGUUUGGCCGAGACCCGUGCUCGUGCAGUGUAAGGUUCCCAGCAGCCAGCUGGAGUCCCUACAGGAGACUCCAUUGCUGGUUCCGCUGGAUGCUGGUGCGAUGCAGCUGCGCAAUCUGCAGCCGAAGAACGUUCUCGAGCACAAGCAGUUGUCGUGGGACUUCAAAUGUGGCCGGAAAGUCAAAUUGGACAUCCGGCCGGCGAAGCAGAGCGUGGAGAUGCAACUUCGGCCCACCGCCUGGAAGGAUGGCGGGGCCGUGGUCAUUGUUUGCUUGGUGGCCUUCAACCCGGCCCUCGGCAAAGGUGUCUGGCGCUUGCUUGGCCACGCGGAGGUAAUAGUGAUCCGCAUGAGAUGCGAGGAGAAGCAGCUGCUGGAGGACGUGGGCAAGGUGUUUCGUGAGCUGAAGAGGUGGGCCGUCCAUUUGCAGCACGGUUCAUGCGGGGCCCCGCAAGGCAUGCAUGAUGCAAAAACGGCGGUUGGAACGAUCCAGCAAGUCAAAGCACAGAUCUCCACUGAGAUGCUGAAGCUGAUGAGGGUUGGUUUCAGUGAUGCCGCGCGCAUCACUUUCCAAGAGAUGGAGCAGACAUGGGUAUCAGAGCGAGAACCACAGAUCCAAGACUGCAGGGAGAUGUCUUACACGCUGGAUGGCUUUCCGAUGUUUGAGUUUAAUGCAGAGGAGGAUGCCUCGCCUGUGCAAGGUGCGUGGCACAUGGUAUCUAUGAAGGUGUGCGAUCUCUUCCUGCAGCUGCAAAAAAUGUAUGCAGACGCAUUGAUCGAAGUGAGUGAAUCAGAGGCAAAGGCCAUUCUGGAGUUUGUCGCGCCGGUGCGGGAGGAGCUGGAUGCCUGGGCAGCCUAUUUGCAGGAGGUCCUGCAGGUCCAGCAUGUUCAGUCUCACAGGGCACGCAAAAUCAUCAAGGCCUCAUGGCGGGAAAUCAUCACUCAAAUGCAGGCGCUUCUGCCAGGAACAAUGACCAACGCAGCGAAGGUGUUGAUUGAAGGUUGUCCAAAGCGACUGGCGAGACAUGUAUCCCGUACUCUGAGCGGAUUCCCGCCCUUGGAGACACCAAGCUGCUUCAUGGUUGCUGGGGAGCCUCCUACGCUCACCCAGAAAGUCAAACGCGUGGUCUCCCAGGAGUUAUGUGCUCUCUUCCUGCAGCUGCAGCAGAUGUACAAGCCAGUUUGCGUGACUCAGGCUUCACCGGAAGAAGCAGCAGUUCUGGAAUUUGCUAGCCAAGUCGGGCAGGAGCUGACAGCUUGGGCUGCUUACCUACGGGAAGCAUCGGAAGCAUCUGACUUGCCAGCUUCAGAUGCUGAUUCGGCAGCUGCAGUGGACUUGGUUGGUAGGGCGCAACAGCUGAUUUGGGCAAACAUUCAGAAAUUGACCGGGCUGACAGGGCAAUUCAGCAAUGCGGCAAAGGUGUUGCUUGAAGGCUGUUCAAAGCGAGCAGCAGGACCCGUUGCCCGUACUCUGAGCGGAUUCCCGCCCUUGGAGACACCAAGCUGCUUCAUGGUUUCUGGGGAGCUUCCUACGCUCAGUCAGAAAGUAAAAAGCGUGGUCUCCCAGGAGUUAUGUGCUCUCUUCCUGCAGCUGCAGCACAUGUACAAGCCAGUUUGCGUGAUUCAGGCUUCACCGGAAGAAGCAGCAGUUCUGGAAUUUGCUAGCCAAGUCGGGCAGGAGCUGACAGCUUGGGCUGCUUACCUGCGGGAAGCAUCUGACUUGCCAGGUUCAGAUGCUGAUUCGGCAGCUGCAGUGGACUUGGUUGCUAGGGCGCAACAGCUGAUUUGGGCAAACAUUCAGGAAUUGACCGGGCUGACAGGGCAAUUCAGCAAUGCGGCAAAGGUGUUGCUUGAAGGCUGUUCAAAGCGAGCAGCAGGACCCGUUGCGCGUACUCUGAGCGGAUACCCGCCCUUGGAGACACCAAGCUGCUUCAUGGUUGCUGGGGAGCCUCCUACGCUCAGUCAGAAAGUAAAAAGCGUGGUCUCCCAGGAGUUAUGUGCUCUCUUCCUGCAGCUGCAGCAGAUGUACAAGCCAGUUUGCGUGAUUCAGGCUUCACCGGAAGAAGCAGCAGUUCUGGAAUUUGCUAGCCAAGUCGGGCAGGAGCUGACAGCUUGGGCUGCUUACCUACGGGAAGCAUCGGAAGCAUCUGAUUCGGCAGCUGCAGUGGACUUGGUUGCUAGGGCGCAACAGCUGAUUUGGGCAAACAUUCAGGAAUUGACCGGGCUGACAGGGCAAUUCAGCAAUGCGGCAAAGGUGUUGCUUGAUGGCUGUUCAAAGCGCGCAGCAGGACCCGUUGCGCGUACUCUGAGCGGAUUCCCGCCCUUGGAGACGCCAAGCUGCUUCAUGGUUGCUGGGGAGCCUCCUACGCUCAGUCAGAAAGUGCAAAGCGUGGUCUCCCAGGAGUUAUGUGCUCUCUUCCUGCAGCUGCAGCAGAUGUACAAGCCAGUUUGCGUGAUUCAGGCUUCACCGGAAGAAGCAGCAGUUCUGGAAUUUGCUAGCCAAGUCGGGCAGGAGCUGACAGCUUGGGCUGCUUACCUACGGGAAGCAUCGGAAGCAUCUGAUUCGGCAGCUGCAGUGGACUUGGUUGCUAGGGCGCAACAGCUGAUUUGGGCAAACAUUCAGGAAUUGACCGGGCUGACAGGGCAAUUCAGCAAUGCGGCAAAGGUGUUGCUUGAAGGCUGUUCAAAGCGAGCAGCAGGACCCGUUGCCCGUACUCUGAGCGGAUUCCCGCCCUUGGAGACACCAAGCUGCUUCAUGGUUGCUGGGGAGCCUCCCAUGCUCAGUCAGAAAGUACAAAGCGUGGUCUCCCAGGAGUUAUGUGCUCUCUUCCUGCAGCUGCAGCAGAUGUACAAGCCAGUUUGCGUGAUUCAGGCUUCACCGGAAGAAGCAGCAGUUCUGGAAUUUGCUAGCCAAGUCGGGCAGGAGCUGACAGCUUGGGCUGCUUACCUACGGGAAGCAUCGGAAGCAUCUGAUUUGGCAGCUGCAGUGGACUUGGUUGCUAGGGCGCAACAGCUGAUUUGGGCAAACAUUCAGGAAUUGACCGGGCUGACAGGGCAAUUCAGCAAUGCGGCAAAGGUGUUGCUUGAAGGCUGUUCAAAGCGAGCAGCAGGACCCGUUGCGCGUACUCUGAGCGGAUUCCCGCCCUUGGAGACACCAAGCUGCUUCAUGGUUGCUGGGGAGCCUCCUACGCUCAGUCAUCAGAAAGUCAAGCGCGUGGUCUCCCAGGAAUUAUGUGCUCUCUUCCUGCAGCUGCAGCAGAUGUACAAGCCAGUUUCCGUGAUUCAGGCUUCACCGGAAGAAGCAGCAGUUCUGGAAUUUGCUAGCCAAGUCGGGCAGGAGCUGACAGCUUGGGCUGCUUACCUACGUGAAGCACCGGAAGCAUCUGAUUCGGCAGCUGCAGUGGACUUGGUUGCUGGGGCGCAACAGCUGAUUUGGGCAAACAUUCAGGAAUUGACCGGGCUGACAGGGCAAUUCAGCAAUGCGGCAAAGGUGUUGCUUGAAGGCUGUUCAAAGCGAGCAGCAGGACCCGUUGCGCGUACUCUGAGCGGAUACCCGCCCUUGGAGACGCCAAGCUGCUUCAUGGUUGCUGGGGAGCCUCCUACGCUCAGUCAGAAAGUCAAACGCGUGGUCUCCCAGGAGUUAUGUGCUCUCUUCCUGCAGCUGCAGCAGAUGUACAAGCCAGUUUGCGUGAUUCAGGCUUCACCGGAAGAAGCAGCAGUUCUAGAAUUUGCUAGCCAAGUCGGGCAGGAGCUGACAGCUUGGGCUGCUUACCUACGGGAAGCAUCGGAAGCAUCUGAUUCAGCAGCUGCAGUGGACUUGGUUGCUAGGGCGCAACAGCUGAUUUGGGCAAACAUUCAGGAAUUGACCGGGCUGACAGGGCAAUUCAGCAAUGCGGCAAAGGUGUUGCUUGAAGGCUGUUCAAAGCGAGCAGCAGGACCCGUUGCGCGUACUCUGAGCGGAUUCCCGCCCUUGGAGACGCCAAGCUGCUUCAUGGUUGCUGGGGAGCCUCCUACGCUCAGUCAGAAAGUAAAAAUCGUGGUCUCCCAGGAGUUAUGUGCUCUGUUCCUGCAGCUGCAGCAGAUGUACAAGCCAGUUUGCGUGAUUCAGGCUUCACCGGAAGAAGCAGCAGUUCUAGAAUUUGCUAGCCAAGUCGGGCAGGAGCUGACAGCUUGGGCUGCUUACCUACGGGAAGCAUCGGAAGCAUCUGAUUCGGCAGCUGCAGUGGACUUGGUUGCUAGGGCGCAACAGCUGAUUUGGGCAAACAUUCAGGAAUUGACCGGGCUGACAGGGCAAUUCAGCAAUGCGGCAAAGGUGUUGCUUGAAGGCUGUUCAAAGCGAGCAGCAGGACCCGUUGCGCGUACUCUGAGCGGAUUCCCGCCCUUGGAGACGCCAAGCUGCUUCAUGGUUGCUGGGGAGCCUCCUACGCUCAGUCAGAAAGUCAAACGCGUGGUCUCCCAGGAGUUAUGUGCUCUCUUCCUGCAGCUGCAGCAGAUGUACAAGCCAGUUUGCGUGAUUCAGGCUUCACCGGAAGAAGCGGCAGUUCUGGAAUUUGCUAGCCAAGUCGGGCAGGAGCUGACAGCUUGGGCUGCUUACCUACGGGAAGCAUCGGAAGCAUCUGAUUCGGCAGCUGCAGUGGACUUGGUUGCUAGGGCGCAACAGCUGAUUUGGGCAAACAUUCAGGAAUUGACCGGGCUGACAGGGCAAUUCAGCAAUGCGGCAAAGGUGUUGCUUGAAGGCUGUUCAAAGCGAGCAGCAGGACGCGUUGCGCGUACUCUGAGCGGAUUCCCGCCCUUGGAGACGCCAAGCUGCUUCAUGGUUGCUGGGGAGCCUCCUACGCUCAGUCAGAAAGUCAAACGCGUGGUCUCCCAGGAGUUAUGUGCGCUCUUCCUGCAGCUGCAGCAGAUGUACAAGCCAGUUUGCGUGAUUCAGGCUUCACCGGAAGAAGCAGCAGUUCUGGAAUUUGCUAGCCAAGUCGGGCAGGAGCUGACAGCUUGGGCUGCUUACCUACGGGAAGCAUCGGAAGCAUCUGAUUCGGCAGCUGCAGUGGACUUGGUUGCUAGGGCGCAACAGCUGAUUUGGGCAAACAUUCAGGAAUUGACCGGGCUGACAGGGCAAUUCAGCAAUGCGGCAAAAGUGUUGCUUGAAGGCUGUUCAGCUUGA